CGCAUUUUUGAGAGGGAUACCCUCAUUUCCGUCAUUUGAUAAAAUGGCAGGCGUGUUUUCGUACGAGAGCUCUGAUGUGGACUGGUGCGAAGACAACUAUAAACACUCAGAGAAUGUUGUGGAAUAUUUCAACACGUGAAACACAAGAGGAGGAAUUUUCAAGGAUGCUGAUCAUACAAUGAAAGUGAAUGGGGACUGAGGCUGUCAGUCUCUGAAAUUCUGCCCAACUUUUCCUUGUUUGUGUUCCACGGGAGAAAGAAAGUCAUACGGGUUUGAACAACAUAAGAAUGAGCAGUUUUAUCUUUUUUGUAAUUUCCCCUAUAAUGCUGUACCUGCUGCACCCAUAUGCCAAGGAGAGAAACCUGGCCAUACAUCUAGUCUGGUUCAUGAUGAUCUUUGUAGGUAUCUUCUCCAUGUAUUUUCACAUGACGCUGAGUUUCAUGGGCCAGAUGCUAGAUGAGUUGUCAAUCCUAUGGGUUUUGGCUAUUGGCUACUCCCUGUGGUUUCCACGCAAACACUUCCCCUCCUUUAUUAAAGACAGGAGAUCCUUCUCUCGUAUGGUCCUGGUCAUCACCGUCGUAACCACUCUGUCCUCUUUUGUCAAACCAACAGCCAACGCCUACGCUCUCAACUGCUUUGCUGUCCAUAUCUUCUAUUCUCUGUUUGUGGAGCUGAGGAGUUGCGCAGAUCAGAGAGUGCUGCGACUGGCCCGGGUGUGUAUUGGCCUGUGGGUGCUGGCUAUCUCUUGCUGGAUCAGUGAUCGCUUUGGCUGCAGCUUCUGGCAGAAACUGGAUUUCUGUUAUCUGCAUGGUAUCUGGCACAUUCUGAUUGUGUUGGCCACUGCUUAUGGCAGCACUUUGACCGCUUACAUGGAUGCCAGUCUGGAGAUCCCUUACUCUCUCCCCAACCUACAGUAUUGGCCAUGGGACAACUGGAACUUCGGGCUACCUUAUAUCGUCCUCAAAGGCACCACAAAGACCCGGAAAAGAUGUUAACAGACGAGACAAAAUGGACAAAGCAUUGUCAUAUUUAUAAAGCUGCUUGGUGAACAAUACGGUACAUUUAAAUGGACAGAAAGGAGCUUUUAUCCUAUGUGAACGUUGAAGAGAAACUGGAAGUAUUUUGAAGAGAAAUUGGAUGUAUUUGUUGUAGGGAUGAACGAUUUGGACAAAAAAUCUGAUUGUGAUUAUUUUGGAAAAUAUUGCUAUUGUGAGUUGAACUGCAAUUUGAUUAUUAACAUAAAAAAAAAAAAAAUCAUAGUAAGUGUGUCCUUUUGACAAAAAUUAAGUCAUGGACAAACUACUGCCAAAAGAAAUACUGUUCAAGAAAGGGUUUUGUUCACACUUGAGUCCUCUUAAAAAGAAAAAGAAUACAUAAAUGAAAAAUUCUGUGAAACAGAGGUGGGAAAAACAGAUUCACAUCAUCUUCAUAUUGAAUCUGUUCACUGUGUACCUGUUUUUGUCGACAUCGUGAUUGGAUCUCAGCCCACUUUUCAUUAUUUUUGGAACCCAAUAUUAAGUUCAUUUUUGUUUACUGUUAACAACAGCAGCUCUUAUUAUUAUUAUAAAACAGUACAACAUUUAUGUAACAUUUUCUGAACCUGCGUGCAGCAUAGCUGUGUGGGCCUUUCUUUUGGCAGAUGCUUUUAUUUUGGGCAGAAGACAUGCAGGAAGAGAAAUGUCUCAUCCGCUCUUCUGUCCACAAAAACCUGGUGUUAUGAUUUUACUUUAGAUUUGUAUAGUAAUAUUUAACGGCCAAGUAUAUUUGGAAUUACAAAAUGUGCUAUUAGUGAAGCUAGAGCACUGUAAAUUAAACGCCCUCAGCUCAUUAACCUCACAUGAGCAGCGUGUGCAGACUAUUUACUUAUUUAAUUAAAUUGCAGCCUUUGCUGUUUGAUAAUCACACUACGAUUUUGAUUUUAUUUCGAUAAGUCAUUCAGCCCUAACUUGUUUAACGAGAGAAAUGUUGCUUCUGAUGGUGAUAUUGUUGCCAUUACUGGCACUGUGUCCACAUUCCUCAUAGAACCUGAAACUGGUGUGUGUGUGUGUGUGUGUGUGUGUGUGUGUGUGUGUGUGUGUGUGUGUGUGUGUGUGUGUAAGAAUUGCAAGUGACUGUAUACUGUUUGUAUCCUCAUCUUUAAAAACUGUAGUUAUGUGAAAAUGUAUAUUUGCACUGUUGUGACAGGAUAGAAUGAUUGUAUAAAAUUAUGUAUUUUAUGCUUUUUCUUCUAUAUGAAUCAGGGUCUUUAACUUUUAAGACAAAGUGUGAUAAGCAACUACUUGAUUUAUGGGUGAAACUUGAUAUAACUUUAAUGUUCAUUGUAAUAAGAAAACUCAGUGUAGAGGUUCUAAUGUAAAGUCUGAUAAAGGGAGAAAAGUCAUGGUGUCUGUAAAACAUGAGAUGUCACUUCACAGCAUGAAAUUAUUUUCUCAGAAAUGUUUGCAAAAAUUUCUUUACAAAUGAAAUAACUGGGAUUAUUAAAAAUGUUGGUG